CCGGGUUAAAAAUACCCCCGGCCCGGCCCUCCUCCGCGCUCCUCCUCCCCCUCCCCCGCGGUGCCCUUCCGUCUGGGCCGCAGCGGCCCCUCCCGGGGCACAGCUCUCCCUUUCACUAAUUUGUCCCUUCGCGGAGUUGGCGGCGGAGGGAGGGGCGGGGAGACACCCGGAGGGAGAUAGUCGGAGAAGGUGCAGACGAGAUAAGGGAGAGCGGAGAGGAAGCGGGGAUGGCUGAGGAGAUCAUCACCCCCGUGUACUGCACGGGGGUGUCCGCACAAGUGCAGAAGCAGCGGGCCAAGGAGCUGGGCCUUGGCCGCCAUGAAAACGCCAUCAAGUACAUGGGCCAGGACUAUGAGCAGCUGCGGGCUCAUUGCCUGCAGAGUGGGGCCCUCUUCCGUGAUGAGGCUUUCCCCCCGGUGCCCCAGAGCCUAGGCUACAAGGACCUGGGCCCCAACUCCUCCAAAACCUAUGGCAUCAAGUGGAAACGUCCCACGGAGCUGCUCUCAAACCCCCAGUUCAUUGUGGAUGGAGCCACCCGCACAGACAUCUGCCAGGGAGCACUGGGGGACUGUUGGCUCCUGGCUGCCAUUGCCUCCCUCACCCUCAAUGACACGCUUCUGCAUCGAGUGGUACCACACGGCCAAAGCUUCCAGAAUGGCUAUGCCGGCAUCUUCCAUUUCCAGCUGUGGCAGUUUGGGGAAUGGGUGGACGUGGUCGUGGAUGACCUGCUGCCCAUCAAGGACGGGAAGCUGGUGUUUGUGCACUCCGCCCAAGGCAAUGAGUUCUGGAGUGCCCUGCUCGAGAAGGCCUAUGCCAAGGUGAAUGGCAGCUACGAGGCCCUCUCUGGGGGCAGUACUUCAGAGGGCUUCGAGGACUUCACAGGCGGGGUCACUGAGUGGUAUGAGCUGCGCAAGGCACCCAGCGACCUCUACCAAAUCAUCCUCAAGGCCCUGGAGCGGGGGUCCCUCCUGGGCUGCUCCAUUGACAUCUCCAGCGUUCUGGAUAUGGAGGCCGUCACCUUCAAGAAGCUGGUGAAGGGCCAUGCCUACUCUGUGACAGGGGCCAAGCAGGUGAACUACCAGGGCCAGAUGGUGAGCCUGAUCCGGAUGCGGAAUCCCUGGGGCGAGGUGGAGUGGACGGGAGCCUGGAGUGACGGCUCCUCGGAGUGGAACAGUGUGGACCCUUACGAGCGGGAGCAGCUCCGGGUCAAGAUGGAGGAUGGAGAGUUCUGGAUGUCCUUCCGAGACUUCAUGCGUGAGUUCACCCGCCUGGAGAUCUGCAACCUGACGCCCGAUGCGCUCAAGAGCCGGUCGAUCCGCAAAUGGAACACCACACUCUAUGAGGGGACCUGGCGGCGGGGGAGCACCGCGGGCGGCUGCAGGAACUACCCAGCCACCUUCUGGGUCAAUCCCCAGUUCAAGAUCCGGCUGGAGGAGACCGAUGAUGCGGACGACGACUACGGGGGUCGCGAGUCAGGCUGCAGCUUCGUUCUAGCCCUCAUGCAGAAGCACCGUCGCCGGGAGCGCCGCUUUGGCCGCGACAUGGAGACCAUUGGCUUCGCCGUCUACGAGGUCCCUCCGGAGCUGGUGGGCCAGUCGGCCGUGCACCUGAAGCGGGACUUCUUCCUGGCUAACUCGUCGCGGGCGCGCUCGGAGCAGUUCAUCAACCUGCGUGAGGUCAGCACGCGCUUCCGCUUGCCGCCCGGGGAGUACGUGGUGGUGCCCUCCACUUUCGAGCCCAACAAGGAGGGGGACUUCGUGCUGCGUUUCUUCUCCGAGAAGAGCGCCGGGACCCAGGAGCUGGAUGACCAGAUCCAGGCCAAUCUCCCCGAUGAGCAAGUGCUCUCAGAAGAGGAGAUCGACGAGAACUUCAAGGCCCUCUUCAGGCAGCUGGCCGGGGAGGACAUGGAGAUCAGCGUCAAGGAGCUGCAGACCAUCCUGAACAGGAUCAUCAGCAAACACAAGGAUCUGCGUACCAAGGGCUUCAGCCUGGAGUCGUGCCGCAGCAUGGUGAAUCUCAUGGACCGGGACGGCAACGGGAAGCUGGGCCUGGUGGAGUUCAACAUCCUGUGGAACCGGAUCCGGAAUUACCUGUCCAUCUUCCGGAAGUUCGACUUGGACAAGUCGGGCAGCAUGAGUGCGUACGAGAUGCGGAUGGCCAUCGAGUCUGCAGGCUUCAAGCUCAACAAGAAGCUCUAUGAGCUCAUCAUCACCCGCUACUCGGAGCCGGACCUGGCCGUGGACUUCGACAACUUCGUGUGUUGCCUGGUGCGGCUGGAGACCAUGUUCCGGUUUUUCAAAACUCUGGACACAGAUCUGGAUGGCGUCGUGACCUUUGACUUGUUUAAGUGGUUACAGCUGACCAUGUUUGCAUGAGGCAGGGGCUCGGCCCCUUGCUGUGCUCCUCUUCCCUCCUCUGCCAAGCCACGCCUUCCCGCCACGCCACCGCAGGCCACACGAGCUGCAAGUGCCUUCCUCGGAGCAGGAGGCGGCCUUGUCCUCCUGUCCCCUCUCCUCCCUGCUGCCGCAGUUCCUCUGCCUUGCGCAGAGCCGUGUGGCCUUCCCUGCCUUCGCCAGCCAUGAUGGGCUCGGGGGGACGCCCCCACCCCUCGCGUCGCCAAACGAGGAAGGCAGCUUUCGCUUGUUCCCGCCUCAGGAUGGGGCUCCAGGGGUUGCCAAUGGCCCCAGGCCUCCCCGCAUCCCGAUGUGUCCUCUCCCCUCGCUCCAGAGGCCACCCACCUAGCCUCCCCGCCUGGCCUCACCUGCAGACUCUAAAACAGAACCACUAGCUCUGCACAGUCUACGAUCCAGAUGUGCAGGGGAAUGCCCGUUCCCUCCUGUGCAGACGCCGGAGCCCCUCGCCUCCGUGGCCGGCCCCCCCCCAGCCCUGCCCCACCUGCCAAUCAGGAGUCGCCUGGACUGAGGGGUCGUCAGGUGCUCCCUCCCGUGCUCCCUCCUUUUUUAUAUUGGUGAUUUUAAAGGGGACUCUUCAGGGACUGGUGUACCAGUAACGGGUGCCAGAGGUACCUGGGUGUGGGGUGGGGUGGGGUCUCACGUUUCCAUGCCGAGAAACCCCAAACAAUAAAGGAAAAGGUCCCA